GGUCGUCAAAACUAUUCGUGUAUUCGGCCUCAUGGGUAAACAAACCACCGACCUCUGAAUAUGAGUAGACGUAUGGAAAAGACGGGUCGUUUUCUGUGGGUGGGGUAGGGUGACGGCAGGACGCGGGCUGCCUACAGGACACUGGCCAACGGGACGGACUCCUACAUCAACAGGAAACUGGCUAAUGAUUUCCGGCUGGAGAUUCCCGUGUGUCUGACGCUGUACCACAGGUGUUCUGCCUCGCCAGGUGCUCCUGUGCCCCCCUCCAACUCAGCAGCUCGGACUGCUCGCGCCUGACCGCAGGAGUGGGGCGCCCAUUGAUACCGGGAUAUUGGAGACCGCGAAACAAGGGGGUUAAAACAACUACAUAUCACCUUAAUAUGCUUCCGUUGUCAUAACCACCCCGGUGGUCAUAUCAUAUGAUAUUUGCCGUCUUAUGACCGUGCGUGCAUGUGGCGGCAUCUUCGCCAGGUGAGAGUGGACAUGUGACGGUACAGAUGAGACAGUAGGACGGCGCGCACACUUCUCACCUGCACUUGACUUGGAUUUUCGAGAACUCUUUGUAGCUGUUGCUAAGGUACCAGUGCGAGAUAUCAGUCAGCGACCUCCACAUCCAUAACUGUCGUCUGUCGGAGGUUUCCAUAGCGACGUGAGCUAACACAAGGGACAAGAGGGGACGUGUCUGUCUGGGUGACGAGGGCCAAGGAACAACUGCGGGAGGAGUCCCAGUACCCUGGGCCUCUUCUGGACUGCCGCCCGCCACCCUACUCGGCUCCCGGUACGACUCGGCUCGGCAGGAUGGCUGGUCUGGUCAGAACAAGAGUCCAGUCUCCCCGCCGGAACUCCGUCUCACCUGUGGAGAGGGAUGACAUACAGCUCCAAGACAUACGAGUGAAGAACGGGACGGAGAGUAGACUUUCCUGCGGCAAUCAGCCUCCGAGCUCCGAGGACGAAGGGUUCAGCUCCCGGUCGGGCGGAACCCCAGACAGAAGAACCCCGGGCAGGUCCCGGUUAGACUCACGACGAGGCGUCCCGAAUCGAGCAUUCGAAAUGGACGCCGACACACAAGGGAGGGGGAAAGACGGCGACGUUACCUUCGACUUGGAGGCGAAUAGGCCUAACACAACAAGCACAUUUCAAUCUACCCUUGGGGAUAACAAGCGCAGGACGCACGGCAAUGUCGGAGAAGACAUAGGGAGCACCAGUGACUUAAGCUGCGACAGUGAUCAGGAGGAGGAUUCUGAGGUUCACACUGAUGACAUCCACGGUGCUCUGGUUCGAACUGCGCCAGAUCAGGUCUGGUGGCGGAAAGUCUUUCGGAGAACGUUCAAUCCUGAACCUGCUGGACUCAUGAUGUUCUGGAUGGUAGUUGUGAGUCUUGCUGUUCUAUACAACUCGUGGACUAUACCUAUUCGGGGAAGCUUUACAGACCUGCAAAAUAACUACCCUGGAGCCUGGUUCUUCCUCGACUACCUCUUCGACAUCAUCUAUAUUAUGGACAUAUACGUCUGUUUUAGGACAUGGUACCUGUGGGACGGCGCGCCCGUUACAGAUGCAGGAGAAAUCACGAAACGUUACAAAAGAUCUCCAUAUCUCUUCCUGGACAUUGGCUGUAUUCUACCCUUGGACCUUCUGUAUCCUGCAGUAGGAGUCAACCCUUUCCUGAGGAUCGGGCGCCUGCUACGUCUCUACAGACUGUACGGAUUCACACAGAGGGUGGAGCUGAGAAUCCGCUGGCCAAACGUGUGGCGAAUGGCUCUCACCAUCCACAAUCUGAUGUUAGUACUGCACUAUAACGCCUGUCUGUACUACCUGGUUUCCCUGGGAGAAGGUUACGGGCAGACCAGUGGGAGCUGGUCCAUCCUGGACCCCAACCUCUACCCGGACUACUCCGCCCUGUCCAGGAAGUACGUCCACUGUCUCUACAGGUCCGCUGCCAGCCUCACACUGGUCGGAGGACUGCCUCAACCUGAGAGCAAUGGCCAAUACAUUUAUUCGGUUUUGCAGUACAUCCUGGGCCUGUUCCUAGUCGCCUACGUUAUAGGUCAAGUAGGCUGCCUAAUGUUCCACAAGAAGCUCCAAAGAUUUGAGUUCGAGAAACUGGUGCAAAAUUCCCGGCAGUUAAUGCAACAAAACGACGUAGCGAAGGAAACGCAGGAGAAAGUGCAGCGUUUCUAUGAUUACUCCUGGGCAAGCGCUCAAGUCAACUUUAUCGACGAGGCGUCGUGUUGGAAAAAGAUUCCGGAGCCGCUCCGACGUCAGGUCACCUUGUCCCCGACUGUGGAGAAACUCAAACAGAUCCAGCUCUUCAAAGAUUGCGAAGCCCCGUUCCUGGAGGACCUGGGUGCACGGCUCAAAUCGAGGCUAUUCUCACCUGGUGAUUUCGUGUGCAAAGCUGGCGAGAUAGGACGGGAGACGUACUUUGUCGUGCAAGGGGUGCUGGAGGUCAUCAGUGAAAACGACGAUGAGGUGAGCCGGCUGGCUACAGGAAGUGUUGUCGGUGAGGAGAGUCUGUUGAACCCGUACAGAGGGUCCCGACGGUCCGCUGAUGUGGUGUCCACGGGCUUCUCCCACUUGCUGCUGCUCACCAACUCAGAUGUGGUGGAGACCAUGUAUGACCACCCCGCCUCCAGGGACGUGAUAACAGUCCACAGUCGGCGGCGACUACAGGACGUCCUGAGCCUCCCACCAGAGAGCGCUGGGAACGACUCGGGAUUCCGCAGCAGAAGGGAUUCGUUCACUCCACUCUCGUACCCAGACUCCCUGUCCAUCGCGCGAAGGAUGAGUGACAACCAACUUACGUCACUAUCCAAAUACAGGAAACGUUUCAGGAGGGUGGACAGUAACGACAGCUGCGUGCCGCCGUCUCCCCUGGCCCAGAGCUUCGUGGCGCCGUCCAGCAGCAGGAGUCGGCGCAGCGGCAUGCUGGAGCCCAUCCCGAUCGAGCUGGUGGACAGGCUCGCGGCUGCGUACGAGCAAAACGCCCGCGCCUUGAAGUGCUCCAUCGACAGUGUCUUGGAUCGCGAGGUGCGCGGGCUGCGCCAGCGGCUGCAGGAGGCGGAGCAGGACCGGGAGGCACGGCAGAUUGAGAUCGCCAUGCUCAGGAAGAAGCUGAAAGAGAAAGAUACAUACUCGACAGCUGAUGUGAGACCUCAGCAAGGCGAGGAGGCGCAGGUGUGGACCCGGCCGGUUUCGGGUACCAGGGUGGUUGGCAAGAGGAGGAGGUCCGAUCACACCAUCGUCACAAUGCCGGAGGAACCGGAACCCCCAUCCCCCUCCCCUGUGGAUGGCUCCUCUACUAUAGACUCAGGCGAACAUAGCACAAUUGCCACAGAGAAAAGCCAAGGGAAGUCUGACGCGUCAUCUCGGAAGUCAAUAACGCCAGUCGAGGCCCCAGAAAAACUUGCUUGCACGGCUUCGACAAAACCCGGCCUCCCUCCGCACCUGAGGAGGGUCGGGUCGCCAGAGGACUCAGAUUCGGGGCUCUCGCCUGGCGAUGCGUCGUCUAACAACUCUUCAUGACCAUUGGUUAUGACUUGCACAUACAGCGCUUAAAAACUUAUACACUCCACCGUCUCUGGCGAAACUGUUAUAUUCCAUCCAUGUUACGAAAUCGUGACCCUAUCAUCAGUACAGCUAAUAUUCAACCAAGAGACAUAUCAUGGGGAACGAAAACUUCGCAUUCCCUAAAGUACAAGGCUACAUUUGUACUAGCGUAUACUGAGUUGGCAAGUGCUAACCAAGAACGAGACAUUUUCUACGUAUCGCAAUUAUCCUUCUAUUGAUUGUCAGCCUUGCACUUAUUCUGUACCUGCAGACAGAUUGAAACUGUCGAGAAAUAUCAAUAAGUGCGUAACGAAUAAUCAGGAAAAUGCAUUAUGUUUAUUUUCAGCUUUUUAUUUACUCUGGAAAAUCGUUUGAACCAUUUCCUUGUUGUAGGAAUGGAAUCAUUAUCCGGAAAAACAGCCCACAUGCUGGGAGGAUUUUUGUUUUUCAUGCUUGUGUAAAGACAGUUGUUCCUGGAUGUAUGGAGACUUUGUGAUGAAGAUGAUAAGGAAAUGCCCGAAGGCAACAUUGCAACUUAUGUUUAGCUUUGAUGAGUUAAUGAUUAACUUAUUUUGUUAGCACCCAGAUAACAUUAUAUUCCAGCCAAAGUGACUUCUGGUGUAAAAAUGCCUUAUAUCACAACUACACAGUGACAUUGUGUGUACGGCCACCAAUGGAACUGUGCUAAAUUUCAAUCUCUAUCAUUCAUGCUGUUUUGUUUACUGGUUUACUAAUAAUCUGGUGGGUGGCAAGGUUGUGCUACUCUUUCCUUGUAGGGCAGUCUUAGUGGGUCUCCCACACUUAUUGUAUGUUGAUUAAUGUCCGUGCAAUCGGCUUCCAUGAACUAGUGACCACUUCAAGUAUGUACAUGGAAUACUUUCAAAAGCCAUAGUUGAGAUCUUUGCUGUAACUAUUAAAGCUUUUGCUUCUUCACAACUA